UCUUCUCUUUUGCCAUAAACCUUCAUCCUCACUACUCAUUCUCUUACAAAUCUGAAGAAAUUUAUAAGUUUACACACUCAUUUUUCUUUCAUAUUAUUCACAUCAAAACUAAUAAAACAUGUUGAGAGCAUUGAGCACAAGAAAAGGCCGACGAGGGUAUGACAGAUUAGUAGCCGAUGAAUCUACAGCCCUUAGUCUUUUAGAUGGGAACUUGAAGAGGUCUAAAACACUGCCUGCAAAAUUACCUCGAUCUUUUGAUUUAUCUGCUAAAUUACCCUUACCGCAUGAUAUUAAAGUGAAGCCUGCUCCUAAAAAGCUCAGCAAGAUUGCUACUCACCCGCUCUUUGCUCUCUUUGAUACUCGCCGGAAAAAGAAAACUACGGCCAAGCCGGAGUUGGCAAGAUACUUACAGUAUAUGAAGGAAGGUGGGACGUGGGAUGCCAAGUCAAAUAUGCCUGUCAUCUUCUACAAAUGAGAAAGCGUUGUUAAUCGUCUUUUAUAAUUGACUUUUUUUCUUCAUCUAUACCGUAAUGAUAGAAAUUAAAUUUAUGUUUUUAAUUUCUUUCUCGAUAGAAUAUAAAAAUGUUGCAAAUCUUGUCCAUUUUAAUUAUAUGUAAGGGUUGCACAUGAAAUUUUUUGGAUUUAAAGACCAUGCAAAAAAAAUACAAUAUACAAUAAUUCUCAG